UUUAUCCUUCCUUGUCUGCCUGCCACCCUCCCACCUCUUAUUAGACAAAAAGAAGACAACAUCGACCUCCAUCAUCUUUCUUUCUUUGUCCCAUUCACGCAUUCGUUGGUGGUAUAGGAAAGAAGAGUGUGAGCCACAGCCAAGGGAGGAGAGAUGGAGGAGGAGGUGGUGGAGGAGGAGUACUUGUUCAAGGUGGUGAUCAUAGGGGACUCGGCGGUGGGGAAGUCGAACCUGCUGUCGAGGUACGCGCGGAACGAGUUCAACCUGCACUCCAAGGCCACCAUCGGGGUGGAGUUCCAGACGCAGAGCGUGGACGUGGACGGCAAGGAGGUGAAGGCCCAGAUCUGGGACACCGCCGGCCAGGAGCGCUUCCGCGCCGUCACCUCCGCCUACUACCGCGGCGCCCUCGGCGCCCUCCUCGUCUACGAUAUCUCCCGCUGCUCCACCUUCGACAGCAUCGCCCGCUGGCUCGACGAGCUCAACACACACUCGGAUACAACUGUUGCAAGGAUGCUGGUCGGCAACAAAUGUGAUUUGGAGACUCUGAGGGAGGUCUCUGUCGAGGAGGGUAAAGCGCUCGCCGAAGCAGAAGGGCUUUUCUUUAUCGAAACCUCAGCACUGGAUUCGACAAACGUAAAGACAGCCUUUGAGAUUGUUAUUAAAGAGAUAUACAAUAAUAUCAGCAGGAAGAUCCUCAAUUCUGAUUCAUAUAAAGCAGAACUGUCGGUGAACAGGGUUAGUCUUUCAAGCAAUGGAAAUGAUGAACAGAAGCAAGGAGUAAGCAAGUUCUCUUGCUGUUAGUCUCAUUUUGUAUAUCAAUAUGAUUGCUCAUUGUUCAGGACUUCCUCAUGGUUGUUAAAAGAGAUUGCAGAAUCCAAAUUGGUGUUCCCCUUCCCCAACUCAGUACUUCUUGUUCUUCUUAUCAAAUUGCAUCUUGUGAUA